AUGGAGGACAGCCCUGGAAGACCUGGUCCUGAGUCAGAAAACCUGACCCAGAAGCUUGUCGAUGAGUUCCACUCUAUCUUGGAUGAGGCUGUCAUUUUGGCCAUUGUUGGAGACUAUGACCUUGCCCACGACUUCGAUGGUGCCCGGGAAGUUCUCGUGUCGCUGUCCAAGGACGUGCCCGUGGAAGAGCAGUCAGGCUUCAACCACAGUGGCAUAGCUUAUGAUGCUCUAGCAUCAGAUCUUGUCGAGCAACCACAAGCAGCAGACUCAGCCACAGAGACCACCGAGAGCUCGCGUCGCCAUGCGGACGACUCGUCCAGGACCGAUUUCAGCGAGCCCCUUUCUGAUCAAUUUGAGAGGCUCGACCUUUCUCGUGACAUUGACGUGUCCAAGUUGGACCAUGACGAGAAGGUUGCCGAACUGAUGGUCAUGUUUCCGAUCCUCAAAGCUGUGGACAUCAGCUAUGCACUCAAGAAAGCCGAAGAUGAUUUCGACAAGGCAUUCGAGGAGCUCCUCAACACCCAGUACCUUGAAGAAAACGGUCUCCGCCCGAGAGGCAUCGAUGGCGCAUUCCGCCCAGACGAUGCGAUCGUAUACAGGAAAGCGCGAAAUGCCUCGGAACUCAAGACCAAGGCUGGCAAGACCAAGCUGGACGUUGGAUACCGGCUCAAACCCUCAGAAAUCCUCAUCACAGACAUUUCCACUUCAACUUCCACAACCGCUUCAUCAACUGCCACGUCUCCGGCACUAAAGGGAUUAGAUUCAUCUUCCAAUAGAAAGACAUAUAGAGACUUGAAGCGCGUCUCUUCCGCCGCAAGGGAAACCAGCAACCAGUCAUUCGUUGCCGCGCAGAGAGCUUACCGUCGAGGCAAGUCAGACGCCUUGUACCGACCAGUAGCUGCUGUAUAUGCCGAGCGCGGCCGAGAGCAGGCAGCCAGAGCACGCGCAGCAGAGAGCGACACGUACGAUGCCCUAGUCGACGAGCAGAGCUCAAACGCGCAUAUUGAUCUUCACGGCGUCCCUGUGGCCGAUGGCGUCCGCAUCGCUCUCGAGCGAACUCAGCUGUGGUGGGGCAGCCUUGGUGAAGACAGGGCAAAGCGUGCUCGCGAGGGCUUCACAGUAAUCACCGGGCUCGGCACUCACAGUGCUACCGGAGUUUCUCGGCUACGUCAGGAAGUUGGCGCUGCCUUGAAGAGAGAAGGCUGGAGAGUUCGAACUGAGACCGGACAGUUCAUUGUCACAGGAAAGCAGUGA